AACAGCAUUACCAGUGAUAAAGUGGAUAGAGAGCAUGCAGGAGAUCAAAGAGAUCCUGGCUGGAGUGUAUCCUGGUCAUCUUGGAUAAGCAUGAGAUCACCGUGGCACAGCUGCAUGUGUAGUCACUCUUGAAGCAAUUACACACCUAAUUGGCUGGCAAUCUUGGCAUUUUCAAAAUAAACACAAGCCUUUUAAAGAAAGGGGACGUAUUUAUGUAUGAAUAGUCAAAUAAACUUGUUGGGUGUCAUCAAUGGAGCCGUCUGGCACUGAACAGUUGUCUGAUGACCCUGAUCCUGGAGGCAAGUCCCAAGAUCAAGAGACCAAAAAACAACAUGAAUCAGAGCAAAAAUUAUCCAAAAUAACGCAUAAUGCUUUGGAGAACAUUAAUGUCAUUGGUCAAGGCUUGAAGCACCUGUUCCAGCAUCAGCGCAGGAGGUCGUCUGUUUCUCCACAUGAUAUCCAGCAAGCUCAGGCUGAGCUGGAGCCUGACCUGGAUUUGGAAAGCCAAAGCGUCUGUGCUGAAAUUGAUGGUGUCUCCACCCACCCCACAGCUCUGAACCGGGUGCUUCAGCAGAUCAGAGUGCCACCCAAAAUGAAGAGAGGGACCAGCCUGCACAGCAGGUGGGGCAAGGGAGAUGCCCCAAAAGGAAGCCCGCAGAUCAACAGAAGGUCUGCUCAGGAUAUUCAGUCGGGUCGGCCCAGAUCAUCAUCCACGACAGAUGCUCCCACAAACUUGUCUGUGAUGGAGAUUGCUUCUUCUAUCUAUGUAGGUGGAGAGGAGGCCGCAGCAGCAGCAAUUGAGCGACUAGAAGUCAGCAGCUUGGCGCAGACCUCCAGUGCCGUGGCCUCCAGCACUGAUGGCAGCAUCAACGCAGACUCUGUUGAUGGAACCCCAGAUCCGCAGCGGACAAAAGUGGCCAUCACACACCUGCAGCAGAAGAUACUGAAGCUGACAGAGCAGAUCAAAAUUGAGCAAACAGCCCGUGAUGACAACGUGGCAGAGUACCUGAAAUUGGCCAACAAUGCAGACAAGCAGCAGAGUGCCCGCAUUAAGCAAGUGUUUGAGAAGAAAAAUCAAAAGUCAGCUCAGACCAUCUUGCAGCUGCAGAAGAAGCUGGAACAUUACCAUCGAAAGCUUCGAGAGAUUGAACAGAAUGGGAUCCCUCGGCAGCCAAAGGAUGUCUUCAGGGAUAUGCAUCAGGGUUUGAAAGACGUUGGAGCAAAAGUCACGGGCUUCAGUGAGGGAGUGGUAGACAGUGUAAAAGGAGGGCUUUCCAGUUUCUCCCAGGCCACGCAUUCAGCAGCAGGAGCUGUGGUUUCCAAACCCCGGGAGAUUGCCUCCCUCAUAAGGAACAAGUUUGGGAGUGCAGACAACAUUGCUAAUCUGAAAGACUCAUUAGAAGAAGGCCAGGAAGAUGGGACAGGAGGCAAGGCUCUAGGUGUUAUUCAGAACUUCCAGUCAAGCCCAAAAUAUGGCAGUGAAGAGGAUUGCUCCAGUGCCACAUCAGGCUCAGUGGGAGCCAACAGCACAACAGGGGGCCCUGUGGGAGCUUCCAGCUCCAAAACAAACACUCUAGAUAUGCAGAGCUCAGGGUUUGAUGCAAUACUGCACGAGAUUCAAGAUAUUCGAGAGACACAGGCAAGACUGGAAGAAUCAUUUGAGGACCUUAAGGUUCGCUACCAGAGGGAUUACACGUUGAUCAUGCAGACCCUGCAGGAGGAGCGCUACAGAUGUGAAAGACUCGAAGAGCAGUUAAAUGACCUGACUGAGCUCCACCAGAAUGAGAUCCUCAAUUUAAAACAGGAGCUGGCCAGCAUGGAGGAAAAGAUUGCCUAUCAGUCUUACGAGCGAGCCCGGGACAUCCAGGAGGCACUGGAAGCGUGCCAGACGCGCAUCUCCAAGAUGGAGCUGCAGCAGCAGCAGCAGCAAGUGGUGCAGUUGGAGGGGCUGGAGAAUGCCACGGCCAGGAACCUACUGGGGAAGUUCAUCAACAUCUUGCUGGCUGUCAUGGCUGUCCUCCUUGUCUUUGUCUCCACUGUGGCCAACUGCGUCGUGCCCCUGAUGAAGACUCGCAACAGGACGUUCAGCACUUUAUUUAUAGUGGUUUUCAUUGCCUUUUUGUGGAAGCACUGGGAUGCCAUCACCGGCUACUUGGAACGAUUCUUGUCUCCCCCCAGAUGAUGGUGGCAGGAAUGGGCUGCGCUGCUCUCUCCUGGCGCUCUUGGUGAGCAAGUGUGGCAAAGAUUAGUCAGCAACUACUCCGCUGAAGUUUUAAAGUGUCCGAGUGAAUUUGUUUACAUUUAGAAUAACGUUUUUUCUCUGCAAGAUGCAUUGCAAUAGUAUUUUUUAGAUUUUAUUCAAGAACUCUUUUGGCGAGAAUCCUGGAUAAUUUUUAUGUAGCAUGGUUCUCUUUGGAUGCAAAUAUUAAGAUUCUUUAAAGUGUACAAAAGAAAUGAAUAAAAUACAGAAAUUUGGAGCAUACCAAUGGGCAAUUUAAAUUGUGGCUUGAACUACUGUACUAAACCUGUCAGGAAGAAGAGAACGUGGUUAGCUUAAGAGGAGCAAAGCUCAAUCUAGUGCGCAGCCUUGAAUGAUGGUACCACAGCAAACCUGUAACACUAAACUUUUACUGUGAAGUCUGCUCACAUUCCAUGUCCAAGUGUAUGCGUUGAGUGGUUUCUUUCCUUAACAAGAGAAAAACAACGUGUGGAUCCCUCUCCCAGCUCACAUCUGGGUUUGGCAUUUGUGCUAACCUGACUUCAGUAACUUUCUGUAAGGCUGGCUAACUUGGCUGAUUAUAUGGAGUGGAAGCCUCAUGCCAUACACAUGCACAGUAACUGCGCAGUUGUGCUACAGUAUUUUGAAGUAGUCCUUGAAAUACUUAUCUUUAAGCAGAAGCCCUUGGUCGCACUUUUAAGGUUUUUUUUUAAUAUAUAUAUAUUCACAAUUUAAAAAAAAAUCCAAACAGCAUACUUGAAGAGUGUAAUACUCAAACUCUCAGUGCUUCCUUAUUGUUUC